AUGUCCUCAAUUCCAACUCCUGGAACAAAGAGAUUGCAACCCUCUUACUCAGAUUCUGAAGAAGAUGUUAUAGUUAGCAAUGAUAAGCAUCAUCAAAAAUUUCGAAAAACAGAGCAAGAUGAAUCAGUAGCUGAUUCACGAUUUCAAACUUUAAAUUUGUUCUCGAAACUUUUAUCAAGUUUCCAAGAAAAAGAAGAGAGUUCAACAAGUGAUACUGAAAUAAAUGAAAAUCCAGAAUCUCCUCCAUGUAAGUUGGAUACUUUUUUGAUAAUGACCAAAGGAAGUGUUCUCAAAGUAAUAAAUUUCAAGGAUAUUCAAAAUCUUGCACUAGCAUGUAUCGCUGAUGGAAUUUGUCCUCGUUGGAUGCUUAUCAAGAAUAAAGAAUUAAUAUCCAAAGUUGUUAUAUUAAUGAUACCUGGAUUAACUCCACAAUUUUUUGGUAUGGAUCAUGAAACUGCUCGAUCUGUUAAUGGCCCUAUAGAUCUUAAAGAGUUAUGUCAGAAUGAUUUAUUGGGUGAUAUUGAAUCUACCAACAAAAUAAAUGAUGUCUUCCCAGCAUUAUCUGAUAUUUUCUCACAUGCUUGUGUCACACGUGCUCCUGGUGACAAAAAUAGAAUCUAUUCUCCUAUCGCUUUCGAUACAGUUGAAAAAUUGAGAAAAUGUUUGUUAACGCUUGAACAAAUGAUCAAUAAUGGAUAUCCAAUUCCAUCUUGUUAUAACGAUGACAAUGGUGUUUCUCCUUCAGAAGGAUGGUUUGAAGUAAAAUUUGCUGAAAGUUUUAAAUUAAAUGAAAUAGUAUUAUUUAAAGAAAAAAAUGGCGAAACAGUCGAGCCAAAAUUAAUUGCGAUGGAUUGUGAAAUGGUAACUACAACGACUGGUCAAGCACUGGCAAGAAUUUCAAUUGUAGAUGAAGAAUCAAAAGUAAUUUAUGAUGAACUAGUAAUGCCAAGUAGUCCAGUAACAGAUUAUUUGACUGCAUACAGCGGCAUCACGGAGGAAUUAUUAACAGGAGUAACCACAACUUUAUCUGAUGUCCAGCAAAAAUUAUUGGAAAUUAUAGGCAAUAAUUCAAUUCUAAUUGGACAUUCACUUGAAUGUGAUUUGAAAGUUUUAAAAUUUGCACAUCCAUAUAUAAUAGAUACAUCAGUUCUCUAUAGUAAUGGAGUAGGUUAUCCUAAGCCGAAAUUAAAAUAUUUGACUCAAAAGUGGCUUAAUCGUACGAUUCAAGAGAUUGCUGGCGAUAUAGUUGGACAUGAUCCAAUUGAAGACGCUUCAGCAUGCAUGGGAUUGGUGAAGUUGAAGCUUGAGAAAGGAAUGGAAUUUGAUAAAAUCACUGAACCUAUAUUUCGACGCUUAGCGAGGCUUAAUAAACGAAGUGUAUUUAUAGAUGAUAAAGCAUCUCAGUCUUUUGGUGCUGACGCACAAAAUAUAGUUAUUUGCUCUACUGACGAAGAGGUUGAAGUAGGUCUUGUUAGUACAAUUGAUGACAGUGACUUUGUUUGGGCGCGUCUUUUAGAUUUUGAUGUAUUUUCUGAAAGCAAUAAUGAGGAAUUAAUAAAAAAGGUUUCUGCAAUGAACGAUCGAAUUCGACGUAUUUAUCAUCAAUUACCUUCUGGAACUGCUUUUUUUGUGGCUAGCGGUUCAGGUGACAAGACAGAUUUAUACAAUAUGACUCAAAAAAAGAAAUCAAAUCCAAUUGAUUGGUCUUCAGAAGAUCAACAAAAUCUUGAAAAUGCAGUAAACAAAGCAAGAAUUGGUCUUGGUUUUUUCAGAUUGAAAACAUAG